AUGAUUUUAAAAGAUCUGCUUGCCUUGUUUCUCGUGCUGUCGCUGGCGCAGGCAACCUCGCCGCAGCAUAUCAUCCAUCCUAAAUUUCUACAUCUCGACUGGCCAGCCGACUGCGGGGUUGCAUUUUUCCAGCAGAACACGGCAGGGAGGAUAGUGUCAGGGAAUGAAGUACGUCCGUUCUCCUGGCCUUGGCAGGUUUCCUUACAGGUUAGGGCUAGAGGAAGCAAGAAAUAUGUUCACGUCUGUGGUGGGACGCUCAUUCACAAGAAUUGGGUGCUCACUGCGGCCCACUGCUUUCAGAAAGGGAAGGCAGAAGACUCAGCCAACUGGCGGAUCGUCCUCGGCAAGCAUAACCUCAACCGCACGGAGCCUACGGAAAAGAUUUACCAUGUGAAACGCAUUUACAGGCACGAGCGCUUCCGCUACCCCCACCUCAACGAGCUGGACUACGACAUCGCCUUGGUGAAACCAGUAGGGGACAUCCAGACCACGCACUUCAUCCAGUACGCGUGCCUGCCCAAAAAAGAAGUGCCCCUGCGGCCCGGUCACUUCUGUUGGGUAACCGGAUGGGGGGAUACCAGAGGUGGCAAACAGAACCUGACGCUGUCAGAGGUCCUGAACCAAGCCAAGCUCCCCAUCAUCGACAUGAAGACGUGUCAGCAGAAGAAAUUCUGGGGGGAGAGAGUACGGGAGUCGAUGGUUUGCGCAGGCUUCAGAGACAUCGGCGGACCUCCCGCUGCGUGCCAGGGAGAUUCGGGGGGUCCUCUUCUCUGCCAGAAUGGAAGAGAAAGGUGGGAGGUGCACGGAGUAGUCAGUUUCGGACCCAUCGGCUGCACGGUGGAGAACAAGCCAAGCGUUUUCACCAGGACUUCCAGUUAUAUUCCUUGGAUCGAGGCGACCCGGAUCCGGGAUUUCUUCCUGCACUGAAACCAAGGAGCAGGAACUCAAACGCGGCAGCCGUUCCGACGUGGGGUUGUAAGAAGGGAUUGAAGCGUAGGGUUUAAGUUGAUCACUUGUGAAGGUAGCGUUCCCCGGGGCGCCGUCGCGUCUCUGUGGUCUGGUGUUUCUGAACGUAGACAACCUUGUGGCGUUGACAUGGAAGAUGAAUAGGAGAGCGAUGGUGGGCUCCUGGCACCAGGAAGUCCACGUAGAAGCUGCAAGCUAACAUAGUCAUUAUUAGAGAAAGACACGAGUCUCGACCUCCGCUCUGACCAUCGGCGAAGCUGAGAGUGAAUAACUACAAGGAGCUCGG